UUUUAGUACAAGGUAAAGUACUGAGUAAUAAUGCAAACCUAGACCAGAAUUAAGGAAUCGUCACGUAUUGCAAUGUUUGCCUCAGAUUUUCUUUUAAGAAAUAAACUAGAAGCCAGGUGUGGUGGUUCAUGCCUGUCAUCUCAGCACUUUGGGAAACUGAGGCAGGAGGACUCCCAUGAGCCCAGGAGUUCAAGACCAGACUGGGGAAUACAGCAAAACCCCCGUCUCUACAAAAAUAAAACAAUUAUCUGGGUGAGGUGCCAUAUGCCUGUAGUCCCAGCUACUCAGAAGGCUGAGGUAGGAGGACUGCUUGAGCCCAGGAGUUGGAGACCAGCCUGGAUAAUAUGGCAAGGUACUAUCUCCAUAAAAAUUAAAAUAAUAAAAUUUCUGUUAGUCGAGCAACACGGAGGAAACCGGAGUGAACCGAGAGCUUAGUGACCAACAUGAGCCUCUUCAACAAGCGCAAGAGUCAGAUGACCCCAGAGGAGCUGCAGAAGCGAGAGGAGGAGGAAUUUAACACGGGUCCACUCUCUGUGCUCACUCAUUCUGUCAAGAACAACACCCAAGUGCUCAUCAACUGCUGCAGCAAUGAGAAACUCCUGGGCCGCGUGAAAGCCUUUCACAGGCACUGCAACACGGUGCUGGAGAACGUGAAGGAGAUGUGGACAGAGGUACCCAAGAGCGGCCAGGGCAAGAAGAAGGCCAAGCCAGUCAACAAACACCGCUACAUCUCCAAGAUAUUCCUGCCUGGGGACUCAGUCAUCGUGGUCCUGAGGAAUCUGCUUAUCGCCGGCAAGUAGGAGCCACCUAUGCCUAUCAGUCAACAGAACUCACUCCCCUGUCCUACAGAGAUCGCUGCUGCUGGUGUUGAGAAUAAUAAAGCUCUGUGUUUUUCUCUAGUGGUUAAAAAAAAAAAAAAAAUUCUGUUAGUCUGCACUAUCAUCUAGAUGUUUAUG